UCGAAAUAAUAUUGUUAAUUCUCCAAUUUCAAUUAUGAAAAGAACGUAUACCAACAAUCCUCAUAUGAUAACACCUCCUGACACAGUAAAACUCGAAUAUUCAAUAUAUGAACCUCCUCGACCGAGAGAAAGACCCGAUUCUCCACCUAUUAUAAUUUUACAUGGGUUAUUUGGUUCUAAACAAAAUUGGAAAAUCUUAUCAAGGGCUUUUUCACACCGUUUAAAUACACAUGUAUUUGCCUUGGAUUUAAGAAAUCAUGGAAGUAGUCCACAUUCCGAAAUACAUAAUUAUGAAAUAAUGGCGGAUGAUGUUAAUGAAUUCAUACAUGAUCAUUGGCUUAAAGAAGUUGUUAUACUUGGACAUUCAAUGUGUGUUGGCAUGGUACUAGCAUUAAGGCAUGAAAAACGAAUCGGUCAACUUGUGGUUGUUGAUACCGCUCCGAUUUAUGCUCGUUUAAAUGAAAAUUUUAAAGACUAUAUAGAGGUUAUGAAAGAAAUUGAACAAUUGGGUGUGACGACACGUAGGCAAGCGGAUCAAGUUAUGAGAGAUUAUAUUUCCGAUCACGUUCUUCGUCAAUUUUUACUCACAAAUCUUAAACGAGAAGCACAUGAACAAAAAUACAGUUUUCAAAUUCCAUUAGAUAUCCUUAAAGAUUCUUUAGAAACAUUAAGUGGAUUUCCUUUCUAUUCGGCUCAUCAAGCUUUUCAUAAAAAAACUUUAUUUGUUGUUGGUACAAGAUCAAAUUACGUGCCUCCCAAGGACAUUCUUUCCUAA